AUGUGGACGUAUUGGGAGGCACCCAUCGUCGACGUAGACAUUUACGCCGAUAGCGACUGUACUAUGAGUACUGUGACGGAACUUCCAGCAGAGCCUCAAGCAGAAGCGGAAAGUGAAGCGUCAAUCGAUCAAGUGGAGCAAAACGUCAUCGAUAGUGGCCUCAAUCAAGAACCGCCAUUGUCACUCCAUACGCAGCUCUCUUUACUCUCUACCACAUUCUCAUCGUCGCGGCCAAUGCCUUCAAUCGAACAUCUCAGCUUCCACUCGCCUUCAUCUGAAAUCAUAGGCACCCCUUUCGACACAAACUCCUCUCCUUUUGAAUACCCUUUCCCAGAGACCUCUGAUUCCGACUCGUCCUCGUCUCCUCAGCUGGUAUCCCCAGCAUUCGCGUCUCUGGCCUCGGGAGCUUCUGCGUCGCGUCUCACAGCACUCCUGCCAUCCCUCCCAGCUCCUACACUCAUCUUCCCCGAUCACUCAACCACCCAUCCGAAAAUGCUUGUUACCAAUCCCCCUGUCCCACCAAGCUUAUUGAAAAAGGGUCAUCGGUGGAGCUUAAACUUAAAGGGCAGACGAAAGAACAGCCCCACGACUGUCACGACGCAGCAGCAGCAGCACCCACCCAGCACCACUCCAGAGAGAUGUGGGAGCUUCGAAGCUACCCAGCGUCAAAUCUUGACACGACCACCAUCACCGCCUAUUGGAUGA